AUGCUGAAAUUUGAAAUAGUUUCGUCUAGAACUGUAGAAGGCGGCGAUAAAGAGAAAAAGUUUGUAGCUUACAUGUUGCAAGUAAGACAAGAUCUUACUGACUCGAGAGUAUUUGAUCCUGAUCCAGCAAAUGUAGAGCGGCGAUAUUCGCACUUUUUAGAUCUGUAUAAUGGACUGAAAAAGGAUUAUCCAGCUUUAUUGAACAACGUGUCUUUUCCGCGCAAAAUUGUAAUGGGAAACUUCGACCCAAAUUUGAUAUCAACUCGGUGUUCUGCAUUUGAGUCAUUAUUAAAUUUGAUAGCAACUGAGUCACGACUCAGGGAUUCCCCUGCUGCAAUUGCAUUCUUUCAGGAUAUAGAGUUAAAAGAAGCAAAAAGACUGAUAGAUGAAAGCAAGUUUGAUCAAGCGCUUUCAGUGUUGGAAACCAGUUUUAAAUUAUUAAAUAAGGUAUAUACAGACAGAUCACGGGUAGUGCUUAGUGUCCUGUGCCGCAUUGUAGCAUGUGCUGGUUCAAGUGGUGGAGCAUUGGCAGGCCCAGUGGAGCGCUGGGCACAGCUUGCUUUAAGACGUUAUGAAGCUGUCAGUGACUCAGACUUGCUACUAAUUUAUGUACCUUUGCUGCAUACAUGCAUAUCCAUCUGGGAGACUUUGGGCAGGGAUAAAACCAAAUUAAUAGAAGAACUGAAUGGACUCCGAAAAAGAGGGAUGAAAGUGGACUCAGUUCCAAGUCUUAUGGAGGCUGUAGACAAUCUGAAUCCAACUAUUUAA